GUCACAUGCCCACAACUCGUUACCAACUCAGUCCAAAAUGACCGAUUCACAAUCACCGAGUCACAUCCAAAACAACAAAACAAUACCAGAAAUUCCAUUGGAAAUCAUCAGUGACGAAGAAAUGGCGUUAAUCGAAGCUGCUUUUUCCGCCACGCGCUCAUUGGUUACGUCACCAUCACGCGCUUCGGCUCAUUUUAAGAACAAUGUUAGGUCAAUUACGCUGUUAUCGAAACGGAGUUUAUCGAGUUGUGGUGGUUCGUCGCAAAGUGAUGCGUUAGUUGUUGAUGUAGAAGAUUCUGGAAGGUUCCAGAAGAGGAAUAGAGUUGUUGUUGUUGAUUCGUUAUUACAACGGUUUCGGAGGAAAAGAGGAUUGUCGGUUACUGAUAUUACUGCUACAGAAUGGUGUGAAAAAAAGAUGGAGUAUAUUCUUCUUUGUGGCAAACCAGAAAAGACCAAAGCUAUGAAAGCUGGUAGCAUUCGUCAUGAAGCCCUCGAAGAAGAGGUGAUCAAAAGGGUAAAAGUUCAUGUUGCAUCAGCUGAAGAUGUAUGGGCAUUAAAGUUCUUAAAUUUUAUAGUUGGUGCAAAUCAAUUGUUAUUUGAUGGAUUGACACGUGAAUUGCCCUUAGUAGGUUUUGCUCAAGGUGUAUGGAUGGUGGGAAUUAUUGAUGAGAUAAGAAUGCCAAAAGGACAAAGUGAUGCAUAUCCAAUGUUAGUUGACACAAAAACACGAGUGAGAGCUAGCCUUCCUGCUGAACCACAGCGGAGAAACGGAAGGCUUCAGCUAAUGUGCUACAAGCAUUUGUGGGACAGCUUGGUGGCUGAUGAAUUCCCCUCCAGACAAUUUUUUGAGUUCUUCUCUCUGAAUCCUCAUCACAUUUUAUCUGCAGAAAUCAGAGAAAAUACUGCUAAAUGUGGUUUCCCUGCAGAGACUCUCACUGAUAUGUUGAAGUACUCUCGAAAUACUUGGUGCAUGCUUCCACCAGCACAUGAGCAACUACUGCUGAGGUAUGAAUUACAAGAAGAUCAAUCAUUGCUUGGUGAAGAUCAGUUUGAGUAUGAUCUUGACUGGGUAAAGGGUCAAAUAAAUUCUUCGUUAGAGGUGUGGCGAGGAGAAAGAGAAGCCAGUUACACACCUGAAGACGAGCGCUGGAAAUGCAGAUCUUGCAAGUUUGCUUCUGAAUGUCCAGCCAGCAAUUAUGGCUCUCCAAGAAGAAAGGACACUGAAGGUAACUUGGAGAACAGAUAAGCUAUAACCAGUUAACUUACAUUGAUAGUGUAAAAGUUCUUUACACUAUCAGUGAAUAUAUAACUUUAAAGAACUUGGUGUACACGAUUGGGGUCGAAGAAGCUAGCAGUUUUAUACUCCUAGCUGUAGGUAGAUUCUUAACCUGAAAAUUCAUUGUUGUACCAAUUCUUGUUUUCCCAUUGUAGGUUAUUAUUCAUUUAUCUUGUAAUUGUUAUUGAGGCUCAAUUCAUUGUUGUUUGUAAUGUCAAAGGUAUUGACAUGAUCACUGUGAUUUAUAUCCGUUUGAUAUACGCAAGAUGGUUGAUUCUUACGCUUA